AUGGGUAGCAAUUUUAAGAAAUGGAACGAACAGAUUCGCCUCAUUCUGGGCGUUAUGGACCUUGAUUAUGCCUUACGGGUUAAUAAACCUACCCCACUUUCAAACACUAGUACUCAAGAUGAAAAAUCUGCUUAUGAAAAGUGGGAAAGGUCCAACCGUUUGUCACUUAUAAUAAUGAAAGGUUCCAUAUCAUCAGAUAUUCGAGGAGGUGUGCCUAAUUCUGAAAAUGCUAAGGAUUUCCUUGAUUCCGUUGAGGAGCAAUUUAAGAGCUCCUCUAAAGCACUUGCUACCACACUUAUCAUCAAAAUGGUAACUUCUAAGUCCAGCGGCCUUGGUGGUGUUCGUGGGCAUAUCCUAACAAUGAAUGAUAUGGUUGCUCAGCUUAAGACCAUGGACAUGGAGAUCUCUGAGGGCUUUCUCGUUCAUUUCAUUAUGACAUCUCUUCCUUCUCAGUUUGGUCCUUUCUGUUAA